UUAGCUACAACUCUCUUCCUUAUUCUAUUGAGUGGAUCUAGAGCUGGGCGUGGUUCACAGAAUUUCUAGAGUCUAGACUCUCGAAGAAAUGUCUUCCUAUCUUCUAUUAGUAGUAAUACUGCUGUGCUUCAUGAGUAAUGGAAUGUUACUGGAGGCUAAUGGAGAGUCUUGUACUGAAGGAUUUAUGGAUUAUAGUCUUCUACAGGAUAAAGCAAGAAAUCCAUUGGGAUCAUUACGUAAUAACAGACUAGCUGAAAACACUGCCACAAGAUGGAUUAUUAUUGAGGAUCAAGAAGAUGAGAACUUUAUGAAGAGAGACAUCAUGUUUACUUGUGCUACAGUUGUACUAGAAAUAUUGAUUGGAGUUGAUAUAAGAACAGUUAAUGAUACUGUUGGUAGAAAUUUAUAUCCAAAAUUUGAAGUAUGGGCUCCAACUAAUGAUGAUGAUGUGUACACUAGAGAGAUGUCUAUUGAAAUCAGACUGACUCCUGAUAACUUUACAACUAAUGGACAGUAUCAUUUCACUCUCCCUACUCCAUUAAAUGUCUCCAGUGGAUACAGGAUUGGUGUAUAUCAACCUCCUGAUCACAGAAGUGUUGUUAGAUUUCAUUAUAUUAACCUGCCUAGUGGUAUUGAUGGAAUAGGAAAAGUAAAAUCAGGUAGAAUUAAUGAUACUAACAUUAAAAUAGCAGGAGGAAGUAAAAACGUUGACCACAAAACAUGGUAUAUAUUAAUAUACCCAUUAGCUCAGAAUACAAGUUGCUUCACACAACCUAUGCCUGAAAACAUGAACAACUUCGUAAGUAUGAUUACCAAUUCAAGGUUUCUUUAUGAUACCAGAAUAUUUCCUGAUAUAAAAUUCACAUGUCAUGGUAUUAUUACUAACUGGAUAUUAACUGUACAAGUGACGUCAGUGAUUAAAAUAAGACAUACAAAUAAUCUCACUACUACAGCUAUAGCAUUCAACCCCAAUGAUAUUUUUAACAUACCUCCAUUAUUAUCAAAUUUUACUAUGAGCAAUGAGAUAGCAGUACAACCUGGUGAUGUACUGAUGAUUGAAAGUAAUUCUACAAAUUAUAUGUACUAUCAGCAGUACAAUGGACCACACAAUUACAGACUGGGGGACAACAAUGAGUUAAUUGCAUUAGAUACCAAUGACUAUCCACUCAUCUCAGUUGUAGUAGAGCCAACAUCAUUUUAUACAGCUACUUCAACAAUCAGUAGUACACAUAUUAAUACUGUCAAUACUGUACUUCCAUCAUCAAGCAUAUACUCCACAGCUACUGUAACAAUGGAAUCAAUGAAGUAUACUAAAACUAGCUUAACUACAUCAAUGGAAAGUACAGUCAGUACACCAGUUACUACAUCUCAAGAUACAGGAAGUAAUACUACACUAGUACUAACUGAAAAUACUAUCACAGUUAGUGCAUCAAUGAAUAGUACAGUCAUCAAUACACCACUUACUACAUCUCAAAACACAAGAAGUAAUACACUAAUACUAGCAGGAAGUAUUAGUACAGCAGUAUUUAUAUUACUGGUAGUUACUAUACUAGUAAUAUUAAUAGUGAGUGUAUUAGUGUGUAGAAGAAUAUGGUAUAAAACAUCAAAUGGAAAUGAUACUUUCAGUUCUGGUGAAAGAAAAGCUGAUAUAAAUCAACAAUCAGAUGCACCAAAUAUGGAAAAUACACUAUUAGCAUCAGCUAAUCCUGCCUAUGGAGUUACUGGUGAAAGGCAUAAUACUGAUGUAUCUGCUAAUCCUGCCUAUGGUGUUGCUGAAAAAUCUGGUGUAUCUGCUAAUCCUGCCUAUGGUAUUAACACUGGAGGAAUAGAAAGUAAUAGUGUGUAUGGAGUUGAGUGGAGAAAUAAUUGUAUCAAUGAAGAAUCAUUAGUGUAUGAUGAACCAAGAACAAUGUAUCAUGAACAAGAGGUUACAAUAAGGCAAAAUGAAGCAUAUGGACAAAGCAACAAACUGCACCUUCUACAAUAACAUAGUCAUGUGUGUACUAUUAUUUUUAAUCAAAAUAAUGUAGUUAAGAUUGGUAAAACCAA